GUACUCUUCAAAAAUAUGCUAAUAAUGAAUAUAAAGAUGACCAACAAAAAAGGAUGAUAUCACUACAGUUAAUUCCUUCAGUUGAAAAAAGAUCAAAUGGUGAUCUGAGAAGUGCAAUUAAUCUUUUGGAAUCUUUCCUAAUACAAAUACCCCAAGAAGUGAAGGAAGAAAUAAAUGCAACCUUGAUGACUAAUGCUUUGUCAAGAUUACCAAAAAAGUUAAAGACAAACUAUGCAUCAUCAUCAAAAUCCACAGCAAAUAUCAAUUAUGAAAUAAAACCAUUGAUUGACACAACAUUAAAUACUUUAUCUCAUGAUAAUUUAACAAACAAACACACUGCUGUUAGAAAUGUAUUAUACAAUUUCAGGGCAGAACCUAAUGUUUGUGGUGAUAAAACAAGUAUCAAGCUUGGGAAGUUAAUGAGGAAAGAAGUUGCACCUGAUGAGAUGCCUGAUCGACAUCCUAUUCCAAUAAUGCCUGAAGUUUUUUUAGAUAAUCUUGAUACUGAUUCUGACUUCUAUCUUGAUUUAUUGCAAAACAAUUAUAUAAAUUAUUUUGGUAAUAUAUCAGAAUUAGCAUUUGCAGCUGAGAGGUUAAGUAGAUCUGACUGUUUAAUUGGAAGUGAUGAUAUUAGGAAUUCUGAAACUUUAAAACCAUGUGCAGUUUUCUAUGCAACCAGAAGCUUAUAUUUUGCACAUAUACAGAAAGUACCAUCAAAUCCUUCUUUUUCAGGAUUUAAAAGAUCUUCAUAUUUUGAUACAUUUGGAAUUCAACAUCAAAGAAAUCUGGAAUAUCAAGAAAUAUUAAACGCAACUUAUAAAAAUGAAGAUGCACCUAAAGCUAAGAAUAACAAAGCAUGGCAAUUAGAAUGUGUGCCAUAUCUCAAGCAUAUUGUUAAAAAAAAUGAUAUUGGUUCCAAAUAUAACAAUUGGCAAAAGGAACUUAUUGAUGAAUUAACAUCCUAUCAAAAACAUUGA